CUUAAACUGCUGAUGAGUUUCUUAAAGAUUCCUCCAAGUUUGUGAAGUUUUUGGGAGGAACAUUAAACCGAGCAGAGAGCGGAGGACAGAGGCUGGACAGGCGGACGCGCUGCUCCUGGACGUCUGGCUCCGUUUGAAGGAGGAAAGAAAAGAAGAAAAAAAGCGAAGACAAGAGAAAACGAGACAGAAGGAGGAGCCGAAGAAGAAGAUGAGCUAACUCCCAGAAAAACUCCAGAAAAUCCCGCUUUUCCUCCUUUUUUCUGCUGUUAAUCGCUUUUAUUUCCCUUUAAGCGAAGCGGGUCGCUUUCUAACCGCUGCUGCAUCUUUUUGUUGAUGGAAGGAGAAAAGGAGAAGCAGUGGGAGCAGCGGGAGGAGAAGGACAGCAACGAGGCAGAGGACGAUACGAGGAGCGAUGAGGAAGGCCAGGAUGGAGGCUCUGAGGCGGGCAGUCCCAUCAUGCACUGGGAGGCUCUGAGCCUCUGCAUCGCUGAACUGGAGAAGCAGGAGGAGGAGAAAAAAGCAAAGGCUGCAGCGUGUCUGGAGCCAGGAAGCAGCGCUCUGGGCUGGAGGGAGGACAGAGGGACAUCAGCCCACGGUUGGGAGGACGGCAACGACGCCUGCAACAGCCACGUUCUGGCUCUGACCUCCCGACUGCACACGCAGAUGAAUCUCCAGCUCUGCUUCAUCAACGACAGUGAAAGUGAGGAAGAGGAGGAGGCCGAAGGGGGAAAGGAAGCGUGCAACAAGAAGAGCGGUAACUCAGAGAAAAGGACGACACCGAGUCAGAAGAACAUCCAGAACCCUGCCGGGCCCCAAGAGCCGCGCUCCAGGGGAUUCAGGAACACUCUGAGGAACCUUCGAGAUCGACUGAAAACAGACCACAGAAAAAAGACGGUAUCCUGUGGGGAACCUGCAGCGCCGCGGAAACACUGGGAGCUCCGUGAUUUGGAGAAUCUGAGCCUCAAGCAGCUGAAUUCAAUCUGCGCGUCUCUGAGAAACAACAUUCAAGACCUGAGCUCGGAGUUGGUGAGUCGCCUCCAUGUCCGGGACCAGCUGAGGACGGAGCAGGACGCCAUGCUGCUGGAGGUGCAGGACCUGACCUCCCUGUGAUCCCUCCCUCCCUGUUUGGGUUUGCACGCAUCCAGGGUCGGCGGAGCCUCCUGAACCCCGCCGAGGAUGCAGACUCUUACCGCCGCGCCGUGGUUACCGACGCUGGUGACUCAUCGGCAGCGGCGCACAGACUGACCUCUACGACCUCCGCUAACCGUUUAACACUAGAACUCCCACGGCCGUCAUUUGGACGAUUCUGAGAUUUUAAAGGGAAAGAACUUUAUUUCCAUUAAUUACAUGUUUUCCUGUUUCUAUAUUUCCUUCAUUUUCACCUAAUUUUUUUUUAUUUUUUUUUAAAAAGUAAAAAAUCAAUCUGGUUAAUUUGACCUCGAUCUCCCACAGCCGUCAUGGUUGAUUGACGUUCGGUACGGAGGAGGAUUAGGGCCACUGAAACAAUGUUUAAAAAGUUCACUGAUUUUUACAUUUUAUUUCAGUUUAAGUCAGAAUU